CGCAGUUUUUGGGACUUGUUUGUGUUUUGUUUAUUUUCAGUCAUGUAGUAUUGUACUCACAUUCAACCAUGCUCUGUGGUUUCACGUGGUCUAUCCAACUGUCGGCUGCUAAUCAGUAAUUAAUUUUUGCGACACGUUAAAAUUCAGUCCACUACGUGAACACCAAACAUGAAACUGUUGACGCACAACUUGCUGUCGUCCAAGAGUCUGAAAGGAGUCAAAGUAGGAUACCCACUUCGCAUUAUCGCGAAAGAUGUCAAGAUAUCUGAAUCUGCAUUCAAUAAGGAGUUUGUGAAGAGAAUCAUACCAAAACUUGAUUGGAAAGUAUUUGUUAACGCCGCUGUGCAAAUCGGCCAUGGUAAUGACCUGUCUGAUGAGUUAAUCGAUGACUAUGAAGACGACGAAGAGUACCUCAAAAAAGUGCACCAUGUACUCAUGGAAGUAGAAAUUAUAAAUGGCGAACUUAUAUGUCCAGAAACAGCUCGAGUAUUCCCAAUAUCAUCUGGCAUACCCAACUUACUGUUAAAUGAAAAUGAAAUAUCACCAUAAAUUCUAUAUUCAAUUACUUCGCAUGUGUUAAGAUAUAUGAUUUUUAUCAAGGUUUAAUAAUAAAAAAAAAAAUGUAUUUAACCAGCGCCUGAUUUACCAAUUCAUGAGCCCAGUACAAUUUACAAUUUUGGGCCCCAAAUUGUCCAUUUAUAUUUUCUUCAAUAUCAAGAUAAUAUGUAUGCAUAAUAUAUAUUUUAAUUAAUGUUAUAUGUAAUUAGCUGCUUAAUAUAUAUUAGUAGUUGAAUCAUAGAAUUACAUUUUAUGGUCAAAAAUAUGAUUAUUUAAUAUACAAGAAUACUUUUAACUUUAAA